CAGACUUAGAACUCUGAGUAUCCCUCUAACUAGAGAGGGAAACAUAUGUGAACAUGAAACAAGUCUUAUAAAAAGCCACAUUAACUUCUUACUCUGCUGCAUAAACUGAUGGCUAGAUUCAUGGGUUACAGUCAAAAUCGACAAAUGUUGGCUCUAUGCAUAACAGUAGCAGUAAUGUUUCUUGGUGUGAGAUCAGAAUUGAGUCAGGACAUAAAGGGAUGUCAGGAGGCCAUGUCUGAUCUCUACUCUUGUCUUCCUUUUGUCUCUAACAAAGCUAAAGCUCCAGACUCAACAUGUUGCAGCACACUUAAGGCAAAAAUAGACAAAGGGCAGACCAAGAAAUGUCUCUGUACUCUUGUCAAAGACAGGGAUGAUCCUGGUUUGGGGUUCAAAGUUGAUGGCAAUCGUGCAAUGAGCCUCCCUUCCGCUUGUCAUGUCCCUGCAAAUAUCUCUCAGUGCCCAGAUCUUCUACAUCUGCUUCCAGAUUCACCAGCCUCUCAGAUAUUUAAGCAAUUCAAUGAAUCUUCUUCUCAGAAUGUUGGACAUAAAGCGGUCUCCACAAGUUCAAGCAGCAAAGGAAGAGACAAGAGGCAAUUUGGUUUAAUGCUGGCUGGUGUUCUCUCAGUAUGGUAUUUAGUGUAAAUCCUCUGUAAUCUAAGUCAAUAAACACAACAACCAAAACCAUUAUACGAGCCAUAUGUAUAGCUGAAGCAGAUGUAUCAUGGUUUAUUAAUAAAAACUUAUUGAGAAACUCUUAAGCAUCA